AUUGUGGAUUUAUUUAAAGCGUGAAGUGUUAAGACUGACUCAAGCAGCAUACGGGAGCAGUAGUUUCAGUCCGUUCGCCGAUUCAAGAUGGUUAAGCUGUGCGUAGUUUUGUUCAUGGUAGCCCUCGUGGCACCUCAUGGCGCCUUUUCGAAGCAGCUCGUCUGUACGAUGGAGCUGAAUCGAAGCUGCAGCCUGAUCGGCGCCAAGGUGUUCGCCGACGAAGUGCUGCUGACCGAAUUCUCCAGCCCAAGCCCAUCAACGCUCACCAACGUACAGUUCGCACGCUCGCAGCUGGCCGCAAUCCCACCGACACUGUUCCAAACGUUUCCGAAGUUAGAAAAAGUGAACGCAUCCUCGAGCGAAAUCAAACAAGUACAGUCGAACAGUUUUGCCGGAGCAAGAACGCUUCUGUCGCUGAAUCUGCGAGGUAACAAAAUUCAUGAACUGCCUGCUGAAGCAUUUUUCGGCGCACAUCGUCUUGAGACGCUAGAUCUUUCGAACAACGAGAUCACCACGAUCGACGGUACGGCGUUCAAGCGGUUGCGUAACCUAAAUACGUUGCUGCUGAACGAAAACAGUAUCACCGAGCUGGAGUCCAGCGUGUUUGAUGAUUUGUCCGAGAUGGAAAGUUUGGAGCUGCAGCAGAACGAUCUGUCCUCGAUCGGUGAUCUAGUGUUUCGUGGGUGCCCUUCACUGACGACACUGAACGUGUCGCACAACGCACUGAAGACGUUCAACUUGGCACAGUUCGAGCGGCGGUACAAUUUCGACCUGAUCGACGUCAGCUACAAUCAUCUCGAGUCCGUGAAUAUCCCGUCGAACCUGCGUCAGCUAGUUGCAACGGGCAAUGGGAUCCGUACGGUGGAAAGCAAUGCCAUUAACGGGUCGUCACUGAUUCUGCUCAAGAUGCCACACAACAAGAUGUCGAGUGUGGACGAUGUACCGACGUUCGAUAAGCUGAUCACACUCGAUCUGUCGUUUAACCGAAUCCGUGAGUUUGAUUUCCGAUCGAUCGCACGGUUCGGUAAGCUGGUGCUGCUCAAGUUGGACGGUAAUCAGCUGGAAUCGUUGAGCAAUGGAUUGACGGAACCGAUCACACACCUGAAGUACGUACAUCUGGCCGACAAUCAGUUCGUGCAUCUGGAUCUGAACGUGAUGCGGACUGUGCCACGUGUGCUGAAGCUGGAUCUGCGCCGGAACCAGCUCGAGCGGAUCACGGUGACGGAUUUGUCCGGUUCGUUCCCGGUGAUGGUGCGUAUGAUGCUGGAGGGUAAUCGAUUCCGGUGCGAAGACAACCGAGCAUUGGUGAGGGAGCUGAAGGGUUCCAUCACGGCGUACGCAAUGACCCGGAAUGAUUGUCGCAAGAAUCAGAAUCUUAUCGAUGGUAUCUGUUGCUCGUAGGUGAUUUGUUGCGAGUGUUGGAUUAAAGUACGGGUUCUUAAAUGAAUGGAUGCUUAAACAGAAUAAACAAAGCGUGCAUUAUUGACAUUUAAAAAAGAAUUACUUCAAUAUUUUUGCAAACUUGAUGAAUUUUUGCAAGGGUGCGAAACCCUUUUAGAGUAUAAAAAUCGCUGAGUUUUUCAGAAUACAUCUUAAUUUAGAGACGCAUUCAUCAAGGAGAUGUAAAUCUAUCUAUUUAUAUAAAAAUGUCAGCAACUUCAGGAACUCACUGAAGGUUCCCGCUGUUCUUGAGUUGAUUCAUGUUUUGUUCGGACACGCAAAGCUAGGAUUUUUGGCUCUCAAGGAUAGGACAUUAGGGAAAUAUGGAGAGUUUUCACUGUUUUUCCACAAUCACAAACGCUCUUUUAAAUCCAAGAUAACAUAAGGUAGGCUUGCUGGGAUUAGACUUGACAUAACUCAAACUCUGACGUCCAAUUCUUUUAAGAGCUUUGAGUGUCUUCCUACCCAAAGUAAGGCCUUAAAGACUCCAACGAGUCUGUUAGGGAUAUUCCCUCUCAAUAUCCAGAGUCGCCUGGUCCACUCUAUACGCCAAUGAGCCUCGUUGUCUCCAACGAUCCAGUAAGGAAGAUCCGCUUCUGGAAUCUACAUGACUGCCUCAACAGUCGAAUCAAAGGAGAAUUGGUUUGCCCAGCAACUUGUUGUUAUCAUCCUUGUCGCGAUGUCCAAAGUAACUACGAAAGCAAUGCGCGACACAGACCACGUUAUGCGUUGCCGAUAUGAAGCACCUCACCCGUAACCGCUCACGGACAAAGCACAACACACAGAUUAUGCUUUCUGCAGUAAACAUUUCGCAAAAGAUACCAUAA